GUUGGCCAACCUGGCUGGCAAUUCGUAUGUGUCCAGUUCUGCGCUGGCCAAGAUUUUGGAAAGCGUGAAGCAUAAUCCAGAGCUGUUGAACGAAAGCACCUCUCGCUACACUUUGAAGCGGCGCCGUGAGGAAGAAGUUGUGGUGACUGGUAUUUAUGGUGACCUUGUCAAGGAGAUGCAUUGCACUGGAAAGGACGGAAAUCCUGUCACAAUUUGCUACGCUGACCCUGUUGUGACGGUGGACCAUUUGGCGCGCAUUAGCCCCGCGUACAGGGAGACUUUGCGCCACAAGGCGGCCCGGUGUUCGCCGGUUGAUCAAGCUUGGCAGAUCUGCGUGUACGCGGACGAAGUUCUGCCAGGCAACGUGCUGAGAGCUGUUAGCUCUCGCAAGUGCUGGGCAGUUUACUGGACGUUUCUGCAAUUGGAAGAAGCCCUUGGCAGUGAGCUGUGCUGGAACACCUUUACCGUGGCGACCAGCGAUCAGGUGAAGAGGCUAGAGGACGGGUUGUCCCAGCUGAUGAGGGAGGUGUUUCGGCGGCUCGGAGGAGGAUUCCAGGAUGGAGUGUACAUCGAGGGUGUUGGGAUUCUCAAGGCGGAGCUCCGAUUGAUGAUAUCGGACGAAGGCGCCUUGAAGCAGACCCUGAUGUGCAAGGGGGCUUCUGGAAACAAGUGUUGCAUCAUGUGCCGCAACUGCGUUCUUCAUGCAUCUGAGUUGUGGAAGCAUGGAGAUGGCUUGGUCAGCCAUGUCGAGCACGAGUUCGGCAGGUUUCGUCGACAUAGUGAUGAAACGUUGUGGUCGGUGUGUGACCACCUGGCGGCCAAGAAGCCUCAUCUCAGAAAGGGCGAGUUUGCCCAGUUGGAACAAAGUCUGGGCAUGAACUUUGGAACGCAUGGAUGCUUGUUUGAUCUUGAGGAGAACCUGGCGCCCAAUAUCCAUGGUUCAGUGGGACUGGAUGCACUGCCUACUCGUUCAAGGUCUGACGUGGCCGAGUCAAUUUGCAACAGAGGCGAAAGCUGCCACAGUGGCAUUCAAGGGAAAGCCUGCUGGCUUCACAGCAUCGGCCUCUCAGUGUUUGUCUCUUUACGCGAGCUCAGCCGGCUAUCGCAGAAACACUUGCGCAACUCCAAACUGGCCUAUUCUGAAGAUGAUGUGCUGCCCAAACAUCACUUCACACAGCACUUGGGCCCUUUGUUACGUUCUCAAGGUUACCUACUCAGCUGCUUCACGCACGAACGCCGCCACAAGUUCGUGAAAUUGUAUGGGACUGCAUCGCGCAAUGUGAAUGCCAAGUGGUCGCGGAACCUGUUGUUGGAGACAUCCUUGGCACAGUUUCAACGGCUGGAAGGAAUGGAGGGCUCUCUUUUGCGCAAUGUGGGCUUGGAGCCACCAAUUCUACCAGCGCCUGAUGUUGUCAGGCAAAGCCUUGAACUUUGCACAGGCAUGUCCCUGGCCCACACCAUUGUGGAGUACGCGUUGCAAGCGCGUAUCCAGUUCGGAACUUGUAGGAGAGACGAUUUGGUUCGCUGUGCGAGUGGAAGUGAGGUGGUGUAUGGACAAGUUCAUCUGCGUGUGAGGGCCGGUGAAUGUUGGAGCAUGAUCAGUCCAUGGGAGACUGCUGGAAAGAACCAGUUGAGAAUCAAACACGAUUCCGUGUGGGUUCCUACUGAAACAGUUCAAGGAGUCCUGACAUGGAAAAAGGAAGGCGUGACGGCGUUGAUAACGCCGCAAAGGUUUUGA